AUGAGUUUUAGUUUAACAGUAGCUGCCAAGGCUCCGUUAGUCGCAUACCCAUCUUUAAUUGGUGUCGGAUUUAUCGAUGCCAGUGAUUCUGAGAUCUCAAUCCCAAUCGAAUUUGUCGAUGAGAAGACAGUUGAUUCCACAGACGCUGGUGUCAAAUUGGUUACUCCAGAAGGCAAAACUUAUUCUAACCAGUUAGAUAUUUUAAACUACUUAGCAGAAAAAUUUCCAUCUAUUCUUGGUGAACAAGCCAAAUCUCAAGAAUGGGUCAAAUUUGCCUUGGACAAAUUAUCUAAUAAGAACUUCAAGGAAUUAGCAGGUGAUUUAGAAAAAUUAGAUGCCCACUUAAAUUUCAGAUCAUUCGUUAUUGGAUACUCCUAUUCCUUAGCUGAUGUUGCUAUCUGGGGUGUAUUGAGAGCCAAUGCUUUAAUGGGUUCUGUUAUCAAGAAUGGCGUUUACACAAAUGUCUCGAGAUGGUACAACUUAUUAGCUGCUGAUAAAAAGUUUGACGGUAGUGUUGAAAACAUGACCAAAUUAGUCAAUGAAUUAAGAAAGUCAGCUAAGUCAUCCAAGAAUGGGGGUAAGAAAGAGACCCACAAAGCUAACUUUGAAAUCGAUUUACCAAAUGCUGAAGUUGGUAAGGUUGUUACUCGUUUCCCACCUGAACCAUCUGGGUAUUUGCAUAUUGGACAUGCUAAGGCCGCAGUCUUGAAUGAAUACUUUGCUCAUGCUUACAAGGGUAAAUUGAUUAUCAGAUUCGACGACACUAAUCCAACAAAAGAAAAGAUUGAAUUCCAGGACUCGAUUAUUGAAGAUUUGGCCUUGUUAGGUAUUAAAGGUGAUAAAAUCACAUAUUCUUCAGACUAUUUCCAAGAUAUGUACGAUUUAGCAAUUAAAUUAAUCAAGGAAGGUAAAGCUUACUGUGAUGAUACUCCGUUAGAAAAGAUGAGAGAAGAAAGAAUGGUUGGUGAUGCUUCUGCUAGAAGAGAAAGAUCUAUCGAAGAAAACUUGAAAAUUUUCACAGAAGAAAUGAAGAAUGGUACCGAAGGAGGUUUGAAGAAUUGUCUUAGAGCUAAGAUUGAUUAUACUGCUUUAAACAAAACCUUAAGAGAUCCAGUUAUCUACAGAUGUAAUGUUACGCCACAUCACAGAACAGGAAGCGAAUGGAAGAUUUACCCAACUUAUGAUUUCUGUGCUCCAGUAGUUGACUCUAUCGAAGGUGUCACCCAUGCUUUAAGAACGAACGAGUACAGAGACCGUAAUGCUCAAUACAAUUGGAUUAUUGAUGCGUUAGGUUUACGUAAGGUUGAUAUUUGGGAUUUCGCCAGAGUCAAUUUCGUCAGAACCUUAUUGUCUAAGAGAAAGUUGCAAUGGUUUGUUGAUAAGAACUACGUAUCCAACUGGGAUGAUCCAAGAUUCCCAACUGUUAGAGGUGUUAGAAGAAGAGGUAUGACGGUUGAAGGUAUUAGAAACUUUAUUAUCGCUCAAGGCCCUUCAAGAAACAUUAUUAACUUAGAUUGGUCUGUUAUUUGGGCCUUGAACAAGAAAAUUAUUGACCCAGCUGCACCAAGGCAUACUGCUGUCGAUGCAAAAAACGUUGUUCCUGUCAAGUUGUUAAAUGGACCAUCUGAACCAUUCACUGAAGAAAAGCCAAAACAUAAAAAGAACCCAGAAGUCGGUAAUAAACCUGUUAUUUACUCUAAUCAGGUCUUAAUUGACCAAGCUGAUGCUGAAGGCUUGGUAGACGGUGAAGAAAUCACUUUUAUGGACUGGGGUAAUGUUAUUAUUUCUAAGGUUGUUAAGGAAGGUGAUGUUGUCAAAUCAAUUGAAGCUAACUUACACUUGGAAGGGGAUUUCCGUAAAACUUCCAAGAAAAUCACUUGGUUGGCUGACACCAAGGAUAAAGUUGAGGUUGAGUUAAUGGACUUUGAUCAUUUGAUUACUAAGGAUAAAUUAGAAGAAGGUGAUAGCUUUGAAGAUUUCCUUACUCCACAAACUGAAUUCACUGUUGAAGCUAUUGCUGAUUUAAGUGUCCGUAAUAUGAAGGCCGGCGAUAUCAUUCAAUUUGAAAGAAAGGGUUACUACAGAGUGGACCAACCUUACAGCGAAGGUAAGCGUCCAGUCUUAUACAAUAUUCCUGACGGUAAGACAGUAUCAAGAUACGGGACUAAGAAAUAA